AUGUUUUUAAAGAAGAAGUGUAACGUGUCUCAGGUGAAUAGAGAAGGAUCCAGUUUAUCAUUAUUAGGAUGUAAGAGUGGAGAGGUAGCAUUAGUUGAUCAGCUUAAGCAGUUUGGUAUUUUCUCAGAAGAUGAGAUAGAUUUUAACGGAUGUGGAAUAGUACAUUAUUGUGCUAUGAGUGAUAGUGUAGAGCUUCUAGAGUAUCUUUAUAAUAAUUAUAAAAGUGAAUUAUUUCAAAAAAGAAAUCGUUUUGGUGCAAAACCACUUCAUACAGCAUGCCAGUAUGCUUCAUCAAGUUUCAUUAUGAAAAUGGUUAAUAUUUUUGGAUAUAAAGUAUUACUAGAAGCUGAUUAUAGUGGUCACUCUUCUCUUCAUUACUUAUGCAGUGGAUUGGUUGAUAAAUACUGCAUUACAGAAGUGUAUAAUAAGCUCACAGCACCAUGUGAUAUACCUUUACUUCAACAAUUCAAUUAUCUCAAUGUCAAAGUAGGCUGGUUUAUAUUUCUAUCACUAAACAUAAAUGUUACUAAACAGCAUAAAAGAGUGAGCCUUUUGUCUACACUCCUCAAGAAGACAAGCGUUAUUAAUAAUUUCAAUAUAAAUUCUAUUACUGCUACUGGUCAAUCGUUAGUUCAUUUAGCAUGUACUAGUGGUAGUAUAUUAUUAGUGAAGGGUCGGUCUGCAGUACAUUAUGCUGCUUUAUCAGGUUCACCUACUCUACUCAGUUAUACUGUAUCUGAGUAUAGCUUAAAUGCCAGUCAACCAGACUACAAAGGUAUAGUACCAUUAACAUUAGCUUGUAUGUCAGGUAGUAUCAAUGCAGUAGAAUAUAUUAUGAAUACUACUGACAUUGAUAUUAAUAUAACCUGUAAUGAGGGUAGAACACCUCUUCAUUGUUCAUGUAAUCAUGGUAAUGUUGAUCUCAGUCAAUAUCUCAUUGAAGUACAAGACAGUGACAUUAACAUAACAGAUAAUGAUAAAUGGAAUGCAUUGACUCAUAGCGUUAGCAGUGGAGACAUAAAGUUAGUCCAAUACCUCAUUAAUAAUCAUCAAUUGCCUCUCACAUCAUUUGCAUUACUUCAAGCAGUACUUAGUACUAAACUAUCAUUAAUUAAAUUAUUAGUUAAUGAAUAUAAACUAGAUCCUCAAGUUAAAAGUGGUGAAGGUUUACUAGCAGUUCAUUGUGCAGCUCAAGUUGGUGCUAUUGAUGUCUUAGAGUAUUUAGUAAAAGAUUGUGGAUGUAAUUUGGAUAGAGUAGAUUUAGGUGAAGCAAAAAAUAUGAAUGUGCUUCAUUAUUCUACAAUGAAUGGUCAUUUUACAUUUAUUAAAUAUAUUAUUAAUAAUUAUCCACAAUAUACUAGUCUAUUACAUGCUACUGAUAAUAAUGAUACUCUUCCAAUUCAUUGUGCCUGUUCUAGUGGUGUAAUACAACUAGUGACAUUUCUAAUUGAUGUAAUGAAAUGUGAUGUCACUACUGAAGAUAAGACUGGCUACACUUGUGUCACUGAAGCAUGUUCCUCUGGUAAUCUUGAUCUCUUAAAAUUAUUAAUAAAACAAUACAACCUUUAUCCUAGAAUAGUGAGCAGCAGAGGAUCAUCACCAGAAGUGGCAGUAGGGGUUGGACAUGUUCACAUAUUAGAAUGGCUCAGAGAAGAGUAUCAUAUCAAUGUAGUCUCAUUUAAGAAUGGUGUAUUACCUUUUCUUGCUACACAUUUCAACAAUUUAAUGAGUUUAUCAAAAUUAGUUCGUGAAUUUGUCGAAGAAGCAGAAAGAAGACAGUUAGCACCAAUAGCUACUAAACCUCGUCCUUCAUUUAUACCUUCUUAA